AUGACUACAGUACAAAAGAUCAAAGAAAUCGAAGAUGAAAUGGCAACUCAGAAGAAUAAGGCCACGAGCUACCAUCUGGGUCAACUCAAGGCCAAGCUCGCAAAACUACGGCGCGAGCUUAUAUCGCCCUCUGGAGGAGGCGGAGGCGGGCCUGGUAUUGGUUUUGAUGUCGCUAGGACUGGUGUAGCGUCUGUCGGUUUCGUUGGAUUUCCGUCAGUGGGAAAGUCAACUCUCAUGUCGAAGCUCACGGGCACGCACUCUGAAGUUUCGGAAAUUGAUUUCACAACCCUAACGACCGUCCCUGGUACUCUGAAAGUCCACGGUGCACCUAUACAAAUCCUUGAUUUGCCUGGAAUUAUCGAGGGAGCAAAUGAUGGUAGAGGUAGAGGUCGACAAGUGGCUCGCACAUGCAAUCUCAUUUUCAUUGUUUUGGAUGUCCUCAAGCCGCUGGGGGACAAAAAAAUCAUCGAGGGCGAAUUGGAGGGCUUUGGUAUUCGCUUGAAUAAAAAGCCCCCAGCCAUUCUAGUUCGCAAGAAGGACAAGGGCGGCAUCGCGAUUACCAACACAGUCCCGCUGACGAAUAUCGAUCAAGAGGAGAUCAAGGCAAUUCUCAGCGAAUACAAGCUCAGCAAUGUGGACGUUACCAUUCGGGAACCUAACAUGACGGCGGACGACCUGGUGGAUGUCAUUGAAGGGAACAGAGUCUAUAUCCCUGCACUUUAUAUCGAUGCCAUCUCGAUAGAGGAAUUAGAUCUUCUGUACAAAAUUCCUCACAGCGUUCCAAUUUCAUCGAGAGAAUGGCUUAAUAUCGAUGAACUCUCGGAGAAAAUGUGGGACGCUCUUGAGCUUGUCCGCGUUUAUACCAAACCUCGUGGACAAUCACCCGACUACUCCGCUCCAGUCGUCCUCCGUAGAGGGAGAUGCAGUGUGGAGGAUUUUUGUAACGCUAUCCAUAAGGAAAUUGCCAAGCAAAUGAAGUAUGCUGUUGUAUGGGGUGCUAGUGCUAAGCAUUCGCGAGGUCAAAAGGUCGGCCUGGACCACAUCUUAGAGGAUGAGGACGUCGUUCAUAUCGCAAAAAAGUAACCGACAUGAUGGAUGUACGACUCGCCCCGCGCAACCCAUUGUAUCUACUAGUACUGCUGUGUAAUGUAUAGGGUACUGAGCCGUAUGAAUGCCCAUAUCAGUCCCACCGCGCAGUAAACACUUGUCGCCAUCAGAGGCAAAAAUUCAGUAUCUGGGUUCCCGCCAGUCACGUAAGGGAAUAGGGUGACGAAAACCUGGAGUAGUGCAAACCCAUAUAGGUAUGCAUUCUCGAAGCUCUCCAACAGUACCCACGGCAAUGAUGAAGGAAACCUGUUUGAAGUUUGAGUAGUGAGAAACACCUCCGUAUCAGUGCUCACUCGUAAAGCUGCUU